CGGCGGCCAUGGCGGAGGCCGCCUCCGCGGAGCAGGAGCCGGAGACGCUGAGGCUGAAGCGACUGCGCGGCGGCGGCUUCUUCGCGGUGCCCCCCGAGCACCGGCUGGGGAGAUGCCGGAGCGUGAAGGAGUUUGAGAAGCUCAACCGGAUUGGAGAAGGGACCUACGGCAUUGUGUAUCGCGCCCGAGACACGCAAACAGACGAGAUCGUGGCCCUGAAGAAGGUGCGAAUGGACAAGGAGAAGGACGGCAUCCCCAUCAGCAGCCUCCGGGAAAUCACGCUGCUGCUGAAGCUGCAGCACCCCAACGUCGUGGAGCUGAAGGAGGUGGUGGUGGGCAACCACCUGGAGAGCAUUUUCCUGGUGAUGGGCUACUGCGAGCAGGACCUUGCCAGCCUCCUGGAGAACAUGCAGGCGCCCUUCUCCGAAGCUCAGGUGAAGUGCAUCGUUCUCCAGGUGCUCAAGGGCCUCCAGUACCUCCACCACAACUUCAUCAUCCACAGGGACCUGAAGGUGUCCAAUUUGCUCAUGACCGACAAAGGCUGUGUGAAGACAGCGGACUUCGGUUUGGCUCGUGCGUACCGGGAGCCCGCCAAGGCCAUGACGCCCAAGGUGGUCACACUCUGGUACCGAGCCCCCGAGCUGCUCCUGGGGACGACGACGCAGACCACUGCCCUUGACAUGUGGGCCGUGGGCUGCAUCCUGGCGGAGCUGCUGGCCCACAAGCCGCUACUUCCCGGGAGCUCGGAGAUCCAGCAGAUCGACAUGAUCGUGCAGCUGCUGGGCACGCCCAACGAGACCAUCUGGCCGGGCUUCUCCAAGCUGCCGCUGGUGAGCCAGUACACCCUGCGCAAGCAGCCCUACAACAACCUGAAGCACAAAUUCCCCUGGCUGUCCGAGGCGGGCCUCCGCCUGCUCAACUUCCUCUUCAUGUACGACCCCAAAAAAAGAGCCACGGCCAGCGACUGCCUGGAGAGCUCCUACUUCAAGGAGAAGCCCCUGCCCUGCGAGCCGGACCUCAUGCCCACCUUCCCGCACCAUCGCAACAAGCGGGCCGCCCCGAGCACGGGGGCCAAGGGUGUGGGCAAGCGCAGCCGGCCCUGAGGGCGCCGGGGCCUCCGGCCAGGUGCGUGCAGGGCUGGGCCGGGCCCAACCCUUCUCUGGGGAGCAUCCGGGAGUGGACGAGCGCAGGCAGCCGCCGGCUGGAGGGACCGAGCCGGGCCCGCCUCG